AUGCAAUUGCGCGAGCGAUUGACGCGUGCUGGGCAGCAGUACGAGGCCAGCUUGCUGGGUCGAGGUUCAGUCGACGUACGGCAUCCAGGCUACCCCAGUGAUCCCGGCGCCAUCCUCCUUUCUCUACCUGCUACCGACGACGAGUCGGGUUUACCUGGUGUCGACCACGGCACCACUCAUGUUGCCUGCGCCAUUAUCGCCAACAAUCGGUUCGAUGGCUACCUGUCCAGGUCUGCUGACCCUGGCGCUGAUCACGAGGAUCUCGACCACAUGACUGUCCUGCCCGCUGCUACGUACUACUUCCAUAUACCGCCAUCCGACCACAUCCAAGCCCAAGCCCGAGCCGACUCUCAAGCCGUGACGCCAUAUCCCGUCGUUCCUAACUUCCGCGCAUGGAAGUUUCCUCGUGCUGUGCAUAUACCACACUGGCAAGACAUCGGCGUAAGAGACGGGGGACUCUUAGACGGGACGGAGGGUGUCCUCUCGCGCGAUGGACAACGCUGCCGUUUGACCGAUAGCCGGGAAUCAAUUCAAGCGGCUCAUCUCGUUCCUAAAGCCGAGGGUCAGUGGUUCGAAGAAAACGCGAUGCAGACGUAUUGGCGCGGCAAUCCCACAGCAGGACCAGACACCAUCGACAAGCCUGUCAAUGGCAUUACCUUAAGACAAGACGUUCACAGGUCCUGGGAUGCUUCUCGGCUGUUCUUCGUGCCCAAGAAAUCUGACGGUGCCAGUAAGGCGCGCCUGGUGGUACAUGUAGCCGCCUGGUCAUCGGAAUUACUGGCGCUGUAUCACAACGUGGAGCUCCAAGAGCUGCGCGGAAUUGCUUGGGAGCUCCUCUUUGUACGAUUCGCAUAUGGCAUCCUGCCACAACUUCGCACGUUUCUGGGUUCGGGACAGGCGAGAUGGCUCAUCGUGCCAAUCGUCAAUGGCUUGCAAGAGACAAAGAGAUACACUGCUGGCGACUGCGUCCAGUUCAUGGAGGGCCAGGGCGCUGGUCGCAGUUCUCGAAGUCCCACCAAGCGCUCCUCGCAGAGUCCUUCGAAACGGAAGAGGGAGGAUGCGGUGGUAGGUACUGAUGAUGAUGUUCACGAGGUUGUUGAUGAGCUGGAGACUAACCAUGCAUUGGGAAAACGACAGAGGCUCUCGUCCGACUCUUUUGAUUCUGCCAUAGCGGGCAUUACCGGAGAGGCAAGAGAGGAUUGGGCUCCGAGCAUGGGCGAUUCGCGCCCGGUUAUAGAUUGGGGCAUCAAUAAGCUGGACGAGGGGAGGGACUGGUCUGCAAUGGGAAAGUCAAAGCAGGCAAGGGAUGCAUCAUGGGAGGAUCGAGACGAAGAUGACAACACGUUUCAACCUCCACGCGGUCGUCGACGUCAUCGAUCCGGCUCAACAGGACACGACGGCAUGAAUGAUCAGACUGACGAAUGCACACGGUGUAAACAACAUGUGCGAGCGGAAGGAUGA